AUGUUCCUCGUCCGUCGUCUCCUGACGGCUCUCGCACUUGGCCUUGCCGUCAGUGGCACCUCCGCAUUGCUCUCGUCUCGUGUGGUCCACGAAUCACGCCGGGGUGUCCCCAGCGGUUGGCGUGCCGUGCGACGUGCUGAAUCCAGCGUGGUGCUGCCUCUGCGAAUCGGACUCGCUCAAUCCAACUUGGAUAACCUUGAGACGUUCGUGUUGGACGUAUCUCACCCUGACUCCCCCAACUACGGCAAGCACUGGAGUGCGAAGCAGGUCGCGGACACGUUCCGCCCUUCCAUGCAGACCGUCGACACCGUCCGUGGGUGGUUGCUCGACAGCGGGCUCGAACCGGAGCGCGUCAAGCUCGUCAAGGGGGGCUCAUGGAUCCAGGCCAACGUGACUAUCGAGCAGGCGGAGCGGUUGCUUGGCACGGAGUACUAUGUAUACCAGUUCGGCGAGGAGGGUGAGGGAGGGCGCGAGCAUAUAGCGUGCAUGGAGAAGUACUACCUGCCAGAACACGUCUCCAAGCACGUAGAGCUCAUCACACCAACAUUGCACUUCGAUGUCAAGAACAAGCGUGAGAUACAUCAGUUUGAGAAGAGGACUGCGCCCGCGAAAAACAUCGGCCAGCCCGGUUUGGGAGUGACCUAUCCGAAGACUACAGGAACCGUUCAGGAGCUCCUUACCGAACUCGAGGAAUGCGACGAGCAAAUCACGCCGGUAUGCUUGCGCGCUCUGUAUAGUUUCUCCUAUACCCCCGUCGCCGUUGAUAAGAAUACCAUCGCCAUCGUCGAGUACACCCCUCAGGCAUACGUUCCGAGUGAUCUAGACCUCUUCUUCAGCAACUUCUCUCCCAGCCAAAUUGGCGAGCGACCGUAUUUGUAUUCUAUUGACGGCGGCUACAUCCAGACUGAAGGGACAGGAUUUAACUACAAUGGCGAGUCGAAUUUGGACUUGCAGUAUUCGAUGGCUCUUGUAGGGCCACGGCAGACCGUCUCGCUUUACCAAGCUGGAGACGAUGUUGAGGGAGCAUCCUUUAACAACCUUCUUGAUGCACUCGACGCGUCAUAUUGCACAUUUGAAGGAGGUGACGACCCGACUCAAGACGCCGCCUAUCCUGAUCCGUAUGGAGGCUAUGAAGGCCCCGAGGCGUGCGGUACUGUCACUCCUGCCUACGUGAUGUCUACCUCGUACGGGUACAACGAGGCGGAUCUCACACCGUUCUACAUGGAGCGCCAGUGCGCCGAGUACGCAAAGCUGGGCCUGCUCGGCAUGACAAUCUUGUACUCCUCCGGUGAUGACGGUGUUGCAGGUAACAGUGGCGCUUGCCUGUACCCCAACGGUACUCAAGCAGUCGGCGCACCGAUGUUCAGUCCCAGUUUCCCGGCAACUUGCCCCUACGUAACGAGUGUCGGCGCGACGCAAGUUAAUCCUGGGGCAACUGUGUAUGAAGCAGAGAGUGCGUGCGAGCAAGUGAUCUACUCCGGCGGGGGUUGGUCGAACGUGUUCGCGAUGCCGUCUUACCAGAAGACUGCUGUGGAGAGUUACCUAUACAAUUACCCUCCGCCGUAUUCAGCGACGAUCUGGAACUCCACUGGCACGUCCCGGGCCUUCCCGGACAUCGCUGCGAACGGAGCGAACUACGUUGUUGCAGUUCAAGGCGAAUACUACCUCGUAUACGGCACAUCUUGCUCCUCGCCUGUCUCCGCAUCUAUCCUGUCGGCGGUCAAUGAUGCGCGCCUCGCUGCUGGAAAGGGUCCGAUAGGGUUCAUCAACCCCACCAUCUACACAACGGCAGGAAUGGCGGCGUUCAAUGACAUCACAAACGGUACGAAUCCUGGCUGCGAUACUGUCGGGUUCUACGCGGAGCCUGGAUGGGAUCCCGUCACUGGUGUGGGCACGCCCAACUUCACUAAUGGCUGUGCAUCCGCCAAACGCCUCAUUGGUCCAGCACCCUUUCAUAUCCCGUCACGAGGGUCUACCCCCUGGCACUACUUCACCUCCAUUACAGCAGGGAUAUCCUUCGUGGUGCUCACAAUAAACACCCUACUUAACGUCGUCGUGAGUGGAUACGAUAAUGUCACUGUCCUUAGUCAGGACUAUGAUUUUGAACCUCAUUACUGGUGGUCGCCAUUUAUCACAACCCACAACCCACACUGUCAGAGUCACCAAUUCCUCGUUGGUGACACUUUCAACACAAAUGUCUCGCUGUUCCAGUAUUCGUUGUUGGCUCUUGAGCAAUCCGGCCAGUCGCCCUUACCAGCCUAUGGCUUCGCCUACACAGGCACACCAUUGAAUGCAAUUUGCAAUCACCCACUGGAAACGAAUACGUUUGGCGUCCUCGUCAAUAGGUUGCAGAAAACGGUACAGAGCAAGGCUCUGAUCGUCUGCUUCGAUGUCAGCCAAGAUAUCCAGGUCCUUGCACUUCAGAUGAGUUGGUCGAUGGGCUUACUCUCAGCCGACAGGAACUUUCUCUCGUACAAUCCAAGUAAUAUGACCUUUAUAGACAUACUCAGCGCCCUUGCCGUAGACCUACUCGUAGGCGUCGUCGCUGCGUCUGCGAACACAACGGUCGGGAUCGACAGCUUCGUCGCAAGUGGACACAUGUAUUGUCCUGAGUAUGAGGCGGCGAACGGCAGCUGGGCUAUAACACCGAACGACGCUGAGGUACAGCAAUGUCAGAAUUCGUCGACGGCACUGUACACCAAUCCUGUCCAGUUCUCAUAUUCGAACGAUACCGUGCUAUCAUCAAGCGACGUGCCGGCAGUGCUCGACCAGUCCAUUGCGAAUUAUCUGCAGGCGUUGAAUGCGGCUGUUCUCGCGGAUAUCGGGCUGUGGUAUCCGAACAACAUCUUCGCCUCCCCUGGGAUGUUCAACGCGACCAUCGCCCCGAACGACGCGGUCGACGCUGCUCUCACGCGAACCCCUGCACUCAGUUCUUUUUAUACGUUCGAAAAUCAGACGACGUCGGCCGCGUCGCUGAUGCGGAAGACAGGCAUGAUACCCGGGUCACUCGAUACUUCGCUCGUCAUUCCGUCCUCCGGCCAGAAGCCAGCGACGAUCGCCCUGAGCUACCUCUGCCAAGUCCAGCGAAUUAAGAGCCCACUUAACCUCAUUAUCUCCGUCAUUGUUGCCGAUGCAUCCAUGUUUACCGCGUUCUACGCGUUCUGGAUACUCGCAGCUUCGGUGUUUGCUCGACGCAAAUCUAGAGAAGCCAACGUGUGUGAGGGGCACAUGCUGUGCCGAGACUCGUUCGUCAUGAAGAAUCGAACCUCUGAGGAUGAUCCUGGCAGCGGCGUGUCGCUGGUAACACCUGCAUAUAAGGACGAGUGGGAGCAAGAAGGUUAG